CAAUUAUUAAUUAGAUGGCCUCUACGUUAUCCCCCAUGCACUACUACACCACCUCCCUCUUCUUCUCCCUUGCUAUUGUUUUCCUACUACUACUACUACUACUACCACCACCAUUUUCAUGCAACGCUCUCCCCAAAACACUCUUUGAUCCCUUCCCCAUGUUCCCCCACAACACCACCACCACCUACAUUGUCCACACCAGCAAUGUAUCCCGCCCCCCUGAGUUCCCUUCCCAAACCCACUGGUACAACUCCAUACUCCACUCCCUCGCCAACACCACCACCAAUUCCACCUCCAACACCUCCUCCGCCACCUCCGCCGCCGCGAUCGUCCCCCGCCGCAUCUUAUACACCUACCGCACCCUCCUCCACGGCUUCGCCGCCACGCUCUCCCCGCAGGACGCGCUGCGCGUGUCGCGGAUCCCCGGCGUGAUCGGCGUCUACGCGGACCGCGUCCUCCGCCUCCACACCACCCGGUCGCCGGAGUUCUUGGGCCUCCACACGGACUACGGCCUCUGGCCGGAGUCCAAAUUCGGGGAGGACGUCGUCGUCGGCCUCGUCGACACCGGCGUCUGGCCGGAGAGCUGCAGCUUCGACGACGCCGGGCUCCCCCCUGUCGACCGCUCCAAAUGGCGCGGCUUCUGCGAGAAUGGCACGCGGUUCGAUGCCGGCUUGUGCAACAACAAGCUCGUCGGCGCCCGGUUCUUCGCCGCGGGGAUUGAGGCGGCGUUUGAGGGCUUUGACCUCGAACUCCUGGGAGAAUUCCGGUCCCCGAGGGACCGCGCCGGGCACGGGACGCACACGUCGUCGACGGCGGCGGGAAGCCACGUCGCCGGCGCCAAUUUAUUCGGCUUCGCGCCAGGAACCGCCCGAGGGAUGGCACCGCGGGCGAAGGUGGCGAUGUACAAGGCCUGCUGGAGCCUGGGGUUCUGCUUCGCUUCCGACGUUGUCGCCGCUAUCGACGCUGCCGUCUACGACGGCGUUGACGUGCUGUCCCUCUCCCUCGGCGGCCUCAAUCGCCCCUACCACGACGACCCGAUGGCGAUCGCCACGUUCGCCGCCGUCCGCCGCGGCGUCUUCGUCGCGCUCUCCGCCGGCAACGGCGGCCCGGCCGAGCUCACCGUCUCGAACACGGAGCCGUGGGUGCUGACGGUCGGCGCCGGCUCAAUCGACCGCGAAUUCCCGGCCAACCUCACGCUCGGCGACGGCCAAGUGCUCGUCGGGGAGUCGCUCUACGACGAGCUGGCGCUGCACGCCGACAUGAUACCGCUGGUGUACCUCGGCUACUGCGGGAUACUACAUCUCGUUCCGGACGUGGUCAUGGGCAAGAUCGUGGUCUGCGACUACGCCGACGCGGCCGUCGGGUUUUACGUGCAAAACGCGGGCGGUGCCGGGCUGAUAUCUCUCACCUCGUCGCAGUGGGGGGAGGGGAUCAUCGUCAAGCCCUUCCCUCUCCCUGCGCUGACCAUCGGCUACUCCGAAGCGCUGAAGCUGCUGUCGUACAUAAAUUCCACCGCCGAGCCGGUCGCCAGGCUCGAAUUCCAGCUCCUGACGGUGAUCGGCGAGGCCCGAGCACCGAAGGUGGCGUCGUUCUCGUCGCGGGGCCCGAACCCCGUCGUGCCGGAGAUCCUGAAGCCGGACGUGAUCGGCCCGGGGUUGAACAUCUUGGCGGCGUGGCCGACGGAGACGCCGCUGACGCACGACGGCGAAGGGCUCGACCCCCGGCGGGUGGAAUUCAACAUAAUAUCCGGCACGUCGAUGUCGUGCCCGCACCUCGCCGGAAUCGCCGCGUUGCUCCGGCAGACCAACCCGCGGUGGUCGCCGGCGAUGAUCCGGUCGGCGAUCAUGACGACGGCGGCGACGCUCGACAACCGCCUCCGGCCGAUAGCGGCCUGCGAGAAUUCGAGCGCGGCGACGCCGCUGGCGAUCGGGGCGGGGCUGGUGCGGCCGCAGGCGGCGAGGGAUCCGGGGCUGGUGUACGACGCCGGGGAGGAGGACUACGUGAGGUUCCUGCAGUGCGCGUUGAACUACAGCAGCGAGGAGCUGGUGAAGUUCUCGGCGGCGGCGGCGGUGGGGCCGGAGAGGUGCGGGUCCCAGGCCGGGGAUCUGAACUACCCGUCGUUCGCGGUGGUGUUCGGGAGCGGAGCGGGAGGGGCGGUGCGCGCGGCGACGCGGACGGUGACGAAGGUGUCGGAGGGGGCGGAGAGCUACGCGGUGCGGAUUGUGAACCCGCGGCCCGAUAAGGUGGCGGUGGCGGUGGAGCCGCAGAGGUUGGAGUUCGCGGGAGGGGAAUGGGAGGAGCGGAGCUACAGUGUGGAGUUCGGGAGCAGGUUGGUGGAUCCGGAUCCGGAGGAGAGGAAGAGGAGGGAGUUUGGGUACAUCAUAUGGGAGAACGAGGUGCACCAGGUCACGAGUCCCGUUGUGUUUAUGUGGGAAUGAUGGAUGGAUGAGCUAUUCACAUUUACAUUUACAUUUUCAUUGGAAAUGGAUAAAAGAUUUAUUAGUUGUUGUUUGGGGUUUGGUACUUGAAUUUUGGUGGGGCUUAGUUGUACCUACCCGGAUCUUCGCGCAUCUCGUUAAUGAAGAAUGAAUAUUAAU